AUGGCAGCAAUCGAAAUCAUAGCCUUUGCAAAUUUUCGCGAGGCUUCCAACUUGGAUGAUCUGAUUCGAGGUCUACCAAACAUCGCAGCGUUCGUGCACCUCAAUUGGAACUCCCUGCAAGACCUGCACUCAGGCCGCGCAACUACUGCUUAUGAGACGCUUUUAAAAUUAUCGGGGGACAGCGUAGUCAACGCCUUCGUCGUUGCCAAUCCCAAACCCGCCGAAAACAUCCCAAUUGUUCUCGGAACUCCCGUAUCUGAGUUCGCUGUUGCGAAACUCAUAUUGGAGGAGAACCGGGAUAAAUGGGAGGCGUGCUUGAAGGCAACCUUGGAUGGCAUUAAGAUCACGAAGGGAGCUGCGGCCGGAAUUCACGCUACCGAGGAGAAGGACGCCAACACUUAUGUGUUUGUGAUAGGUUGGUCCUCCAUCGAGGUAUGGUUUUCCGAACACCGCGCGGCUUUCGACCACGCGUACGCCAGCGAUAUCUAUCGCGAUACAAUCACUCUCACAGAUUUCGCCGCCAAACACGCAAGGUUAAAACAACGGUUGUAA